AUGAUGGGUCUAUCCUCGGUCCUUGCGACCACUCUUCUGGCCUUGCGCCUCUUCUCUCAGGACGUUCUCGCGGCGCCCGCACCCGCCCCGGCGCCCGUUCCUCAGGCUACUACCGCUGCUGCCGCUGCCGGCGGCUUUUGGGUCGCGUCGAUUGAGCGUCGCGGCACCUCUGCUUUCGGUGACGCCAACUACAAGAUCUACCGCAAUGUGAAGGACUACGGUGCCAAGGGUGAUGGAUCCACCGACGACACCGUGGCUAUCCAGGCUGCCAUGGACGAUGGUAACCGCUGCGGCUUCGGCUGUGACUCCCAAACCACCACUCCCGCCCUUGUCUACUUCCCCACUGGUACCUACGUUGUCAGCAAGCCAAUCGUCAUGAAGUACUACACCCACAUGGUCGGAGACGCCACCGCCCUUCCCACUAUCAAGGCCGCCGCGAGCUUCGCCGGCAUGGCCGUGAUUGACGCCGACCCGUACGACAACCAGGGCAACAACGCCCACACCAACCAGAACAACUUCUGGAAGCUCGUUCGCAACUUCAACAUCGACCUGACUGGCAUGCCUUUCACCUCCGGUGCCGGUAUCCACUGGCAGGUUGCUCAGGCCACCAGCCUCCAGAACAUUGUCUUCAACAUGCGCACCGACGGAGGCGAUGCCAACGUCCAGCAGGGAAUCUUCAUCGACAACGGCUCCGGUGGUUUCAUGACCGACUUGACGUUCAACGGCGGCAAGUAUGGUGCCUUUAUGGGAUCCCAGCAGUUCACCUCACGCAACAUGACCUUCAACAACUGCAAGACUGCCAUCUACAUGAACUGGAACUGGCUUUGGACCUUCCAGGAUCUCAAGAUCAACAACUGCGGCGUCGGUAUCGACAUGUCCAACGGUGGUGCCACCGCCCAGACCGUCGGUUCUGUUCUUCUCCUCGACAGUGUCAUCAGCAACACCCCCGUUGGCGUCUUGACUGCCUACAGCCCUUCCGAGACCGUCACUAACGGUACCUUGAUCCUCGACAAUGUCGACAUGUCCACCAACGUCCCGGCCGCCGUUCAGAUCGUUGACACCAAGGCCAACGUCUUGGCAGGCAACCAAAAGAUCGCCUCCUUCAUCCAGGGCAAGACCUACACCGGCACCGCUGGCAAUGGCAAGGCUGUCCAGGGCGCUCAGGACGCCCUCGUCAAGCCCGCCGGCCUUCUCGCUUCCGACGGCAAGGUCGUCACCCGCAGCAAGCCUCAGUACGAGAACGUUGCCGCCAGCUCUUUCCUCAGCGCCAAGGCCAAUGGCUGCAAGGGUGACGGUAAGACCGACGACACCGCCGCCAUCCAGGCUCUGGUUAACAAGGCCGGCCCCAACGACAUUGUAUACUUCGACCACGGCGCAUACAUCAUCUCGGACACCAUCGAGGUGCCCAAGGACAUCAAGAUCACCGGCGAGGUCUGGCCUCUGCUGAUGGCCAACGGUGCCGCCUUCAAGGACCAGGCCAACCCCAAGGUCAUGUUCCGCGUUGGCAAGGCUGGCGAUGUCGGCACUUUCGAGAUGAGUGACGUGAUCCUCCAGACCCAGGGCCCCCAGCCUGGUGCCAUCCUCAUGGAGUACAACAUUGCCGGAUCCACCCCUGGUGCCGCCGGUCUCUGGGACGUCCACUUCCGCAUCGGAGGCAGCGCCGGAACUCAGCUGCAGUCGGACAAGUGCGCAAAGAACCCCAACGUCACCACUACCGCCAACCCCGAAUGCAUGGGUGCCUACAUGCUCACCCACAUGACCGCCGAGUCCUCUGGCUACUUUGAGAACACCUGGUGGUGGGUUGCCGAUCACGAACUCGACCUCGCCGACCGCAAGGUCCAGCUCAACAUCUACAACGGCCGUGGCGUUCUUUGCGAGGCCACCAAGGGUACCUGGUUCUGGGGUACCGCCUCUGAGCACAGCGUCCUGUACAACUACCAGUUCAACAAUGCGUCCAACGUCUUCAUGGGCCACGUCCAGACCGAGACCGCGUACUUCCAGGGCAACCCCGACGCCAGGACACCCUUCACGGUCAACAACGCCAUUCUCGACCCCAACUUUGAGACCUCCUGCGCCGGCCAGGGCGACAAGUGCGCGCGCACAUGGGGUAUCCGUGCCAUCGAUUCCAAGGACAUCAUCGUCUAUGGCGCCGGCUUGUACUCCUUCUUCAACAACUACGACCAGGUCUGCGUCGGCGAGAACAACUGCCAGGACCACAUGGUCUCCCUCGAGAACAGCGACGUCAAGUUCUUUGGUCUCAGCACCAAGGCGUCCGUCAACAUGGUCACGGUCAACGGCAAGGGCGCGGCGCUCGACACCGACAACCGCAACAACUUCUGCGCCACUGUCGCGCUCUUCCAGGCGCCCCUCUAG